AGUGUGUGUCGGCGAAUUUGUGCGAUUGGCGCUUUUUCAAUAAGAGAGAAAAAUGUAGUGAAAUCAGAAAUCAGUUCAAUUAUUGCAAACAUUUUGUAUUUGUUCCUAAUUAAAGCAAUUAAAACAUGGAAGCGGCUGAAAGCUCAACCACAGAGUCGGAAACUGAGAAUAACAGUGGGCCUAGAAAGCAGACGCUCGAAACAAUAAGCACAAAUGGCGGCGACGUGGAUGCAGCUGCAACAAGAGCGGAGAAACAAGAGCAGCAGCUGGAAUGCGAGAACAAAGACCAAAGGGAAGAAAUAGCAACAACAACGAAUCAGAGCGAAGAUAACGUAGAUAAACAAGUUAACAAUGAGGCUGACAUGGAACAAAAGAAAGCCGAGCAGUCUCCACAAAGAAUUAGUUUUGCUGAAUUAAAAGCGCAGGCUGAGCGUGAGGAUGAGAUUGAGGAGGAGGAGAGUAAGGAAUCGGAGGCGUCACAAAAUGACAUCCUCUUACAUGUGCCGUGCCUGGCACAUUUGGAGGAGCAGCGUCGUAGCUAUGAACGCCAGCUGGAACAGUUGCGUAUGGCUAAUGCGCAAAAGGAUAACAUGAUGACGCUGCUGCAGCGCGAGAAUGCCAUCUUGGAGAAGGAAAAGCAUGCGUUUCGCAACGAAAUGGAUCUUGCCAACAAGGAAAAGGAGUCGACAGUCAUCAAGUUUGCCAUGAAAGAGAAACUGCUCAUCGAUGCCAAAAAGGAAAAGGAUGCCAUCGAGAAACAAUUGGCGGAUGCCAAAAAAGAAGUGAAAAAUGUUUCCAUACGUUUUCAGGGUGUGCACGAGGAAAAGUCCCGUAUGACCUACAUCAUUGAUGAGAAGUGCAACGAGGUGCGCAAAUAUCAGCGAGAAUGCGAAAAGCUCAAAACGGAAAUGGGUCAUCUGGAGUCCAGGUUGAAAUAUCACGCCAACAAGCUCAACAUUGAAGUGGAGGCCAAAGCGAAUCUGGAACGAAAGCUGGAAGAGGAACGCAAUGCGCCAAAUAAAAUGGAAGAAAAGGCCAAUGAGAAACUUAAAGUGGAGUUUGAGGCAAACACAAUACUUCUGAAACACGAGAUUAUGCGCAAGACUGAGGCACUGGACAAACUGACCAAAGAGCACCAGAAGCAAGGCGAUGCAUACAAAGAGCUGCAAAAGCAGCUGCAGGAGAUUAAUGCAUCACAUGAUCAGCUCACGCAGGAGUUUAAGGAGCUGCAGGCGCAGCACAGCUCCGUGGAGGCGGCCUACAGCGAUGAGCUGUUGAAUGCAGCCAAAUUGCACAGUCAACUGACCGAGUUGCAACUGCUGCGCACACAGAAUACAAUCAAUGAGCAGAAACUUGCCGAAGAGCAGGCGCGUGUGCAACAGUUGGAGGCCAGCGCACUGGAGACUGAGGCAGACUUGGAGCAGCUGCAGCAAAAGAAACAGGAGCUGCUCAGCAUCAACAAAGAGAUGAGCGAACUAAUUGUCAAACUGCAAAAUGAUAUUUGUCUCGCUGAAUCAAAGGCACAAGGUCUUGAGGCGGAGAGUAAACUGCUCAAACAGGAGAAACUCACCUACGAUGCUAAAUAUGCCGAGUUGGAGCUGCAGCUAAGCGCUGAGGCAUCCGAGAAGAACGAAGAGCGUCAGCUGUUGGCCAAGCGUCUCUCCGAGAAGACCAAACUCUACGAGUUGACCAAAGGGAAAUUGGAUAAUGUGCAAGGAGAUUUUGAGGCGACGCAACAUAAAAACGCAACACUCCUCAAAGAACUGCAGCGGGAGCUGCAAAAGUACAAAAGAGGCAUUGUGGACACGAAACCCUUGGGCUACUGCAGCAACUGUCAGCAGGCGCUCAAUGGUUAUACAGCAGAGCAACCACAACAACAACAACUGCAGCUUCAACAACAACAAUCUCUACGCACGCACAGCCGGACGAGUAGUCAGAGCAGCGUCCACAAUGGUAGUCGACGUGCCAGCGAAUCUUCCGAAUCCGAGACGGUGGCUAGCAGCGUGACUGCUGUACCCCAGCCGGAUAUGCAGGCUGUGCCGUCCAAGAAGGUGCUGGUGGAGCGUAUACUCCGACUGCAGCAGGCCUCAGCACGUCAAACGGAACGAAUCGAGUUCCUGGAGAAUCACACAGCGAUGCUUGUCUCGGAGGUCCAAAAGAAAUCGAAGGUGGUGCAGCACUAUAUGCUGCGUGAUCAGACAGCGGGCGCAUUGACCACCUCCAAGAGUGAUCAGAACAAGAGUGAGCUGGUCAAAUAUGGCAAUGGUGUCAUGGCUGCCAUCUAUGGUGGCGUAAAGGGUGCCGAGAACAAGAGCAUGUCCCUGGAACUCUCGCUAGAGAUCAACAAGAAACUACAGACGGUCUUGGAGGAUACGCUGCUCAAGAAUAUAACGCUCAAGGAAAAUCUGGAUGUGCUGGGCUUGGAGGUGGAUAAUCUGACUCGUAAAUUGCGCUCCUACGAGUUGAGCAAGUGACUCCAGAGUGAUGCCAAUCCACACACAAACUAUUCAAUUCCAUGUAAAUAGAAAAUUAGUUAAAGAAAUUCGUUGUGCUUAAUCUAAAUGUGUACAUUCAAAACUAAAUAUUUGAACUCUAACUAAAAGUAAAUAUUAAAUUAAGAAGAUAAAUACAGGAAAAAAAGAAUUAGUUGACUAACUUCUAGCUUAUCUAAUUUCCAAGUUAAGUUAAAAGAGUUUAAAAAAUUUCCAUAUGCUUAAAUGUGUACAUAAAAAACUAAAUAUUUCAACUAACAGAAAGUAAAUAUGGAAUUAAGUCACCAUUAAUUAUAGUAGUAUUCUAGGCAGAUGAUGAAGGGUUUCUCAACAACAAGAAUUAGUUGAUUAACUUUUAGUUUAUCCAAUUUCGAAGUUAAGUCAAACAAUUCCAAUAUGCUUAAAGUGUGUACGUUCAAAACUUAAUAUGUAAACUCUAAGUAAGAGUAAAUAUUGAAUUGUGUCUCCAUUAACUAUAGUAGAUUAAUCUAGGAGGACGAAUACAAGAAAAGGUUUCUCUCUUUUUCUAAUUUCCAAGUUAGGUUAAUAAGUUAAGUAAUUUCCGUGUGUACAUUAAAAGUUUAUUAAUCAACUACAACAAAAAACAAA